AUGACUGCAAUGAAGGAGAGUCUGGAUCGCAGCACAGAUGACUGGGGCACUGCGUUAGGACCCUGGCUGCAGCACGCUGCAGUCCACAUACUUCGAGUGAACCCUGCCUCGUUUCAGCAACCGGUCUUUUCCGCGCUCCGUGCUACUGCAGUAGUGGUCCGCGCUCUCAUCGCUCUCACCACCUGGGCUACUACGGCUUGGCCGCCGCGAAGAUCGCUUGCUGGAACCCUUGCCGACAAGUGCAACAAGCCUGCUGCCGGGCUUCGAAUGCUGCAGGAGCUUCUAGUCGACGUGCAUACCCUCUGCAUCAGCACCAUCCAUAGCAGCUACUGGCCGCACUGGGAGGGUUUCUCGGAUUCCGGAUCGGCUUUGUCGACAGGCUUCACUGCAGUGCUAGAGUCCAUCCCUUGGGCGUCAGAUCUCUGGCCGUAA